AACUCCACCUUAUGUACAACUAGCAUUUAUCCCAUUUUUUUAAUACAUUCUUUCUCUUUCACCCUCUUUCAAGGCUCCACUUUUAUAAUUCCUUGUACAUUUCUUCAUCAAAGUAUCAAACUUGUCUUGUAUCUCUCUUUUCACUCCCUCUGCAUAUAUGAUAUAUUCUUCCAUAAUUCUCAUAAUGAUUUACUUGCAGGUUUCUGAUCCAAGGUUUAAGACGUUAUAGUUUCCUUGAAUUCUCGUCUGGGUUCAACCUGUUUGAUGUUUAGACUGAAUCAGUUUGAAUUAGUGGAGAAUAUCUGAUACCGAAAAAAAGAUUCAGCUCUUUUUCUUGUUUCUUUGUCACAAUACUUGGAUUUUUGAGAAUCUGGAGACAUGGGUUGUUGUGUAAGUAAAGAUUCAGAGCCACAACACAAUGGUUACAGACAUGGUGGAACUGGUGGAGUGCACAACCAGAAGACUCAUGAACCUUUAGUCAACCAAUCAAGAGCACCUGCAAAUCAACCUUAUCAUUUACCUGAAAAGCAUGCUGCAUCCACUGCUCAGACAGUGCCUCAGAAUAUGCCAUGGAAGCCUUCUGGUCCGGCCCUUAGUCCUAAACCUGUUGUUAGUGUUAGGCAAGACACAAUUCUUGGGAAGCAGUUUGAGGAUGUGAAGCAGUUCUACACACUCGGGAAGGAAUUGGGUAGAGGGCAAUUUGGGGUGACAUAUCUUUGCACUGAGAAUUCAACUGGGUUGCAGUAUGCCUGCAAGUCCAUUUCCAAGAGGAAACUUGUGAAGAAAUCUGAUAAGGAGGACAUAAAGAGGGAGAUUCAGAUUAUGCAGCAUUUGAGUGGUCAACCCAACAUUGUUGAGUUCAAAGGGGCUUAUGAGGAUAGGAACUCAGUUCAUGUUGUGAUGGAGCUGUGUGCAGGUGGGGAACUUUUUGAUAGGAUUAUUGCCAAGGGGCAUUACAGUGAGAGGGCAGCUGCUUCAAUAUGCAGACAAAUUGUAAAUGUUGUUCAUAUCUGCCAUUUCAUGGGUGUGAUGCAUAGGGAUCUGAAGCCAGAGAAUUUCUUGUUGUCUAGUAGGGAUGAAAGUGCACUUCUCAAGGCAACUGAUUUUGGCCUGUCGGUCUUCAUUGAAGAAGGAAAGUUAUAUCGGGAUAUAGUUGGCAGUGCUUACUAUGUUGCUCCUGAAGUUCUGCGGCGCAGAUGUGGGAAGGAAAUAGAUAUAUGGAGUGCAGGAGUCAUAUUGUAUAUCUUACUGAGUGGAGUCCCUCCAUUUUGGGCCGAGACUGAGAAGGGAAUAUUUGAUGCCAUAUUGGAAGGUCACAUUGAUUUUGAAAGUCAACCAUGGCCUAACAUUUCAAACAAUGCCAAGGAUCUUGUUCGUAAGAUGCUUAUACAGGAUCCAAAGAAACGCAUUACCUCUGCUCAAGUUCUUGAGCACCCAUGGAUUAAAGAUGGAAAUGCUUCAGACAGGCCAAUAGACAGUGCAGUCCUUUCCAGAAUGAAGCAAUUUAGAGCAAUGAACAAGCUAAAGAAACUUGCCUUGAAGGUCAUUGCUGAGAAUAUGUCUGCAGAAGAGAUCCAAGGUUUGAAGGCAAUGUUUACAAACAUGGACACUGACAAGAGUGGUGCAAUCACCUAUGAAGAACUAAAGGCAGGAUUGCAUAGACUUGGCUCAAAGCUUACAGAGGCUGAAGUGAAGCAGCUUAUGGAAGCUGCUGAUGUAGAUGGAAAUGGCUCAAUUGACUACAUAGAAUUCAUCACUGCUACAAUGCAUAGACACAAAUUAGAAAGAGAUGACCAACUUUUCAAGGCCUUCCAAUAUUUUGAUAAAGACAACAGUGGGUUUAUUACAAGAGAUGAACUAGAAACAGCCAUGAAAGAAUAUGGUAUGGGUGAUGAUGCCACAAUCAAGGAAAUCAUAUCUGAAGUUGAUACAAUUAUAUCUGAAGUGGACACAGAUCAUGAUGGUAGAAUCAACUAUGAAGAAUUCUCUGCGAUGAUGAAGAGUGGAAACCAACAACAAGGCAAGUUAUUCUAAAUCACACCAUCUAACCAGUCUGAGGGUCUGGCAUCCAAGACCCCCCUAGGGAAAAGGUUUAUACCUCUGAGAAGUACUUCCAAAAAGUUUGUACCACUCAUAGGCAUGUAAAGCUUCUGUUUAGAAUGUGAGUUACUAUGCUCCACAUGACUGUUAGUCAACUUUCUUGUUUCAUUUUUGGUUUCCUUUUUAGCUUUUCACUGAGAAUCUAUUUCUGAGUCCUCUUUGAAUUUGUUUUGGACACUAAAAUAUAAAAUCACAUAGAAAAAGGUGAUAUCUCAAUAAGAUUAUACAAGUUUGUUUUUGCACUUGAAAUUUGUUUAAGGUUUACAUGCUACAGGGAGAGUGGUUUGGUGGUCAAACCAAACCUUGUUUAGUUCAACCACGUUAGCUGAUGACAACCACAUUAUGCCACAGCAAGACUGGUUGAUUGGAUUCUGGCAAUGUCAAUGCCAUCUCAUUUUCAUUGUAUGAAACAUUGUAAGUGAGAUUGUGCUUGCAUAAUGCAUAGUACAUCUAAGUGACAAUAAACCUGGAAAAGACAACAGUAGGCCAAUAUAACCAAUACCUAUUCAA